AUGGCAGAAAAUCCUCCCGAAACGGUGUCGUUUACUUCACAACCUUCUCCUUCUCACCCUUCUUCUUCCUCUUCGCUGAAAUCGCCACAAGAUCCAUCUCAGCUUCAGGCCCCGGAGCUUUCCAAUUUUCCGCAAUUUCCGGGUGGAUACUAUCAAAUGUUUCCUGGUAUGCAUCCUGCAUUGAUUCCAGGGUUGACUCAGCCACAAAUUGAGGAACAUGGGAACCGUGGAGCUGGCAUAUAUGCUGUUCCUGUUAAUCCUUUUGAUAGACAUGUUACUGGACUUCCAUACACCACUCUGAUUCCGUUGACAUAUCGUACACCCACGCCUAGUACGGAAGGUGCUGCAGGUGACAAUCAGGGGCAAGCAGCACAGCAUCCUCAGCAGCAACAGGCUGCACCUCAGAGACAAGUUGUUGUUAGGCGAUUUCAAAUUGCAUUUCAAAUUGAUUUGCUACUGAUGUUGAAACUGGCAGCUGUGAUCUUUUUGUUCAACCAAGAUGGAUCAAGGCAGAGGCUUUUUGUUCUUGUUUUAUUUGCUGUUCUUGUAUAUUUAUACCAAACUGGAGCUCUGACACCAAUUAUAAGAUGGCUUUCACAAAAUAUGCAAAGAGCUGCAGCACCGCCUCGUCCACCAAGACCUGCAGCCAGGGCUGAAAAUGUACCUCCUGCAAGGUUGGAGGGUGACAAUGCUGCUCCAGCAGAGGGUCAACCUGAAGCUGCUGUUGGGAACCAACCCGCUAACGAAGCUGACCGUGCAAUUGAGAAUGAGAACGGUGCAGAAGCUGACAGAGGCAAUGGUGGCAACCAGUGGUGGGGAAUUGUAAAGGAGAUCAAGAUGAUUGUUUUUGGAUUUAUCACUUCCCUGCUCCCUGGGUUCCACAAUCAUAUGGACUGA